AUGGCCGAUGCAGACCGUGAUCUCGAAAAGGCCGACGCCGACGCCAACGCCGACACCAAGUUCGCCCCCAUCCGGACCGAACCGCGUGCAACGUCAGAUGCACAACCACGUCGACCGUCAACCGCCUCCGCCCGCUCCGUAGCCCGCACCAUCUCCCGUGCCCGGUCGCAGAACGGCUACUCCUGUGACGACUACCAGCCCUCCUCGGACGACAAUGAGCCGUCGGCGUCCUCAACGGAUGCUGCUGCCAACGGUGCCGCCAGGGCACGAUCCAAGGAGGACCCCUUCGAGGUUUCGUUUGAAAAUGGUGACCGCGACCCCUGGUGCCCGCGCUCCCUGCCGACGCCGCGCAAGUGGCUCAUCGUCGCCCUCGUCUCGGCCGCCAGCCUCUGCGUCACGGCCGCGAGUUCCAUCUACACGUCGACCUACAUCAAGAUGGACGCCGAGUUCGGCUCGUCGCGCAUCGUCUCGACCCUCGGCCUGUCGACCUUUGUGCUGGGCAUCAGCCUGGGCCCCAUGUUCCUGAGCCCGCUGUCCGAGUUCUACGGCCGCCGCCCCAUCUACCUCGUCGCCUGGUCCAUGUACAUCAUCUGGAUCAUCCCCUCGGCCGUCGCCACCAACAUUCAGACCAUGAUCGUCGCCCGCUUCUUCGACGGCCUCUCCGGCAGCGCCUUCCUCGCCGUCUCGGGCGGCACCGUCAGCGACCUCUUCGACCGCCAGCACCUCCAGGCCCCGAUGCUGCUGUACUCCAUGGCGCCCUUUGUCGGCCCCGCCAUCGGCCCCACCGUCGGCGGCUUCAUCAACUACAACGUCGAUUGGCGCUGGACCUACUACGUCCUCCUCAUGUGGGCCGUCGCCAUGGGUCUGCUCAUCCUGUUCUUCGUCCCCGAGACCUAUCACCCCGUCGUCCUGCGCCUCAAGGCACGCGCCGUACGCGCCGACACGGGCGACGACCGCUGGCGCGCCCCCAUGGACAAGGCGGACAAGUCCAUCCUCCGCACCGUCGCCUUGUCGCUGCGCCGGCCCUUCCAGCUGCUCGCCUACGAGCCCAUGGUCCUCCUGCUCUGCAUCUUCUCCGCCAUCCUCCUCGGUGUCCUCUACCUCUUCUUCGGCGCCUUCCCUCUCGUCUUCGGCAACACGCACGGCUUUAACCUGUGGCAGGUCGGCCUGGCCUUCAAUGGCAUCCUCGUCGGCAUGCUCUGCGCCGCCGCGACCGAUCCCCUGUGGCAUGCCAUUCGCGAUCGUCUCAUCCGUGACAACGAGCGCCGCACCGGCGUGGCCUUUGCCAGCGAGCCCGAGUACCGCCUCCCGUCGGCCAUCCUCGGCGCCUUCCUCGUGACUGUUGGCCUCUUCGUCUUCGGCUGGACUGCCAAUGCCAACAUCCAUUGGAUCGCACCCAUCAUUGGCUCUGGUAUUUUUGGCGCUGGGUAUGUCUUCUUCCCCCGUCCUGUUCCGCUUCGUCUGUGCCUCCCUUUACGAGUCCUCGUCGCACGGCAGCUCGCGACCCUGCCCAGAGUUGGUCAGAGGUCCGGCGGCUGUGGCCUCUGCUCGACCGCGCACGAUGCAUCGUCCCGCGCAUGA